ACCGCGUCCUAUGUGCAGGAACCAUAAGUAAAAGGUGAAAAAGGUAAAUAAUAACUAAGGACUAUUUCAUCAACUCCGAUUAAUUCUCGGUUAAUUCAAUCGUCGUUUUACUGCAGUUAGUUGCCAACAUAGAAAAGAUAUAAAGAUUACAACGAUAAUCGUGUAAUUCUGUAAAUUUAAAAAACAUAGUAACAUGUUAACUCCACGCUUUGAGAUAACUCAAACAGAUACAGAAGUUGUAAUGAUUAUACAUGCUCCAUACACUAAUAUAAAAGAUACAGAAGUGUAUGUUGAUGGAACAGACUUCAGGUUUUACUCCACACCAUACUUUUUGAGAUUAAAAUUGCCAGGUGAAAUAGAAGAAAAUGAUUCAUCUUCUGGUUCUUAUGAUUGUGAUAAGGGUUGUUAUACUUUAAGAUUAUCAAAGGUAAAUAAAGGAGAGUACUUUGAAAACUUAGAUAUGCUAACUACACUUUUGGCACCAACAAAAGAACAUAGUAUAAUUGCUCCUUCCAUUGAAGUAAUUGGUAAUCCAUCUACAAGUUCAGCAUAUAUAGAUGAAAACUCACAAGAUAUUAUAGAUGUUGAUAUGUCAAAUAGUUCUGACUUGGGAGACAACUUGUUUUCUCCUCAGAAACAAUCUGCAGGAAAUAUAACACUUCUUACAAACUUUCCAAAAUAUGGUUUUGCAAAUAAAAUAUCUGGAGCUUUAACUGCAUUUGAAGAAGCAUGGAUCAAAGAUAUAAUAGAUCUUCCUGCUCCUGAUAUAACUCCUGAAGUAGAAAGGAAAACUCUGCAGCUAUUAUGUGAAAAUAAAGACUUCAAUGAAGAUCAUUAUUUAGCAGAUCUUCUUGAGCCAGAAUGUGGUGAACACAUUGCAUUUGUAGGAAAAUGGGACACAUUAGAAAAAGAUCAAAUUGUAUUUGAUGAAGUAGAAUUUGAUUUGUUGAAAGAACUUCCAAAUAAGGAAUAUUUAUUAGAAGUUGAAGAUAUCAAGAAAUUAUGUUUAAAUAUUGUUGAUAUUUUAUAUGCUAGUUGUUAUAAUCACAGAACAACUUUAGGAGAAAAUAAUGUAGAAAGUGGCUGGACAAUUAACAAACUCAGUUCUACGUUAUGUUGGUUUCAAAAUUUUACUUCAAUAGAUGAAGUUAUAAAAGCAUGUUUCCGAAGAUCACUUUGUUAUCCUCUUUAUAGAAAUUGGGAACUUUCGAUGAAAGUUCUUGAAGAUGUCAAAAAGGUUGUCAAAUUAGGAAAGAAAUAUGUUAUCAAACAAUUCUGUGAAAUACACAGAAUUUUCAAUACAUCAUAUGAACCACGGUACAUAUUAAAUCAACUAUACAUCAAAGAUUUUUUAAUUUGGUUGCAAUCGUGUCCUGAGUCGUUAAUAGAAUCAUUUCAAACUAUGUUAGAUAGUGUUUAUCCUGACAAAGCAAAUAUGGGACUCAACUUGGUAGAAUUGGAAGCAGCAGGUCAUGCUGUUCAAAAUGAACUUAUAAUAGCAAAUACUAUUCAUGAUGCAACUGGACAGAUGAAUACAUUAGCUCUUGAAGAUAUUGAAGAAGAAAAGCCUAAGAAUAUAUAUCAUGUUAAACAAAAACAGUUUUUUAAACAUUUGUGCAGGUUAUCAUCAAGCAGUUCAAGUUCGACGGACAGUACUGAUACAGAUUACGAAACAGAUUCUGGAAACUACUUAACAAAAACUACCACAUCAAGUAGUAGUGAUUCUACUAGCAGUGUUAGCGAUCUUGAUUCUGAUAACCAGUAUUCUCAAAAGUGACGACUCCAGUGAUUCUGAAAGUGGCGACUUGAAUAAACCUUAAUUAAUUGCGAAUAAUUGUCUAUUUUGUUUAUAUGUAAAAUAUUUUAUGUAAUAUUUUACAAAAUAAAUAUUGACUUCUCUUUAUUCAAAAUUA